GAGACGUAAGAAUAUUUAGUUAGCCUUAAUUAACAUUAGAAACUAUAUUAUUUGUAAGUGUACGACGCCGGUAACUCUAAAUUUAAGUGCUUUGGAGGAAGAGCUAUUAGCGUUAGCCUAGCUUGCUUUGGCGAAUGGGGCGAAUGAAGAGGGAAGCCAAGAUGUCAGGUGUCGGAGGAGGGAAGCGUCCCUCCGGGGGAGACAGUCCUCCUGGCCCACCUGAGAAGAAAAGCAAAAAGGAGGAGAAGACCACGACCACUCUCAUCGAGCCCAUCCGCAUCGCCGGAGUCUCAUCGACGGAGGAAAUGGACAUGAAGGUGAUUCAGUUUAAAAAUAAAAAGCUGAGCGAGCGCUUGGAGCAACGGCAAGCGAUGGAGGAUGAGUUACGAGAGAAAAUCGAGAAACUGGAAAAGAGGCAAGCGACGGAUGACACCACCCUGCUGAUUGUUAACCGUUAUUGGUCAGAGUUGGAAGACAAAGUCCAAAUUCUGCGCAAUCACAUUGAACCGGAGACCACAGCGCCGUCAACCCCAGUUCCCCCACCUGCUCCUCUUACGGAUCCCUCACCCAUGGAUGUAGACGCCGUCAGUCUGUCCUCGCCAACAUCCGGUGCCCCUCCGCCGCCCCUUCCCGAGGCGCAGAAUGAGGCCAAACAGCUCGAGCAUCUGCAGCCAGAUGAAGUGGCCAAAGACGGACAUCAGGAGACUCCGCAACACCCUCCACCGUCUGAUGGAUCGGAACAGUUAACACCCACAGAAGCUCCGCGGCAACCCACUGCAGAAGCUGCGCCGCCACCCCCACCGGUUCCCUUGACCGAGAGCGCCAAAGGUUUCUUGGUUACACUGGAGCACAGCACGGAAGAGGAGAUGGCGCUGCACCUGCAGGACCGCAUGCUGUUCAGCAAGGAAGCCAUCGCUUGCCUGGUGUGCGCCUUCGACAGGCUGCACAGCUGCAUCGAUGACAUGUGCAAGCAGAUUCAAGCUGCGGCCUGCGAGGACGAAAGCCUUGCAAGCGUCAGCGCCGUCAACCGCACUCUCCUGGACGAGAACCGCCGACUGCGAGACCAGGCCACUUUGCUUCAAGGCCGACAUCACAAAACCUGCAUGGAGUACAACGAAUGGGUGGACAAGGUAACCAGCGCGGAAACCAAAGUGUCUGAAAUGGAAACCACCGUGGAGGACUUGCAGUGGGACAUCGAGAAGCUCCGAAAUAGGGAACAAAAGCUCAACAAGCACUUGGCGGAGGCCAUGGAGCAGCUCAAGUCUGGCUACAGCAGCACCGGCAGUUCCGGGGGUCUCGCCGGCGGUCAAAUCACAUUAACCAUUCAAAAAUUUGAGAGUCUUAACACGGAGCUGGAGCACAACCAGGAGUUGGCCAACAGCCGCAUGGCAGAGUUGGAGAAGCUGCAGGUGGAGCUCCAAGAAGCCGUGAGGGAAAGCGAGAAACUCAAGCUCGACCUGCGUAAUAUUCCAGAAGAGGUGGUAAAGGAAACGCUGGAGUACAAAUGUCUUCAGUCGCAAUUCUCACUUCUCUACAACGAAUCUCUGGGGGUGAAAACCCAGCUGGACGAGGCUCGGGCUCUCCUGCUCACGGCCAAGAACGCCCACCUCCGACAAAUCGAGCACAUGGAGAGCGACGAGCUGUCCCUUCAGAAGAAGCUACGCACUGAAGUCAUCCAGCUGGAGGACACAUUGGCCCAAGUGCGCAAAGAAUAUGAGAUGUUGCGCAUCGAAUUUGAGCAAAAUCUCGCCGCUAAUGAGCAAGCAGGACCAAUCAACAGGGAGAUGCGACACUUAAUCAGCAGCCUCCAGAACCACAACCUUCAGCUGAAAGGUGACGUGCAGCGCUUCAAGAGGAAACUGCGAGAAACGCAGAUUGAAAUCAACAAGCUACGCUGCUUGAGCAACGAAACGGGCGUUCUCGUUCUGGAGGAGUCGAGCGGCGAUGCCGCCGACGUGAAGAAGGAAGAAGAAGAGGACCAAGAGGAGGAGGAGGAAAGGAGGAAGGAGCUGGAGAGGCAGCGGGCCCGCGAGAGGGAGCGCGAGGCCGAACGUGAACGAGAGCGGGAACGCGAGCGUGACAGGCAGCGCAGCGACGAGGUCAAAAGAAAAGACUCGGACACGCUCAAGAUGCUGCGAGUCGAACUCAAGAAAGCUCAGGAGUCCCAGAAGGAGAUGAAGCUCCUGCUGGACAUGUACAAAUCUGCUCCAAAAGAGCAGAGGGACAAAGUGCAGCUCAUGGCAGCUGAACGCAAAUCAAAAGCUGAGGUUGAUGAGCUGCGGAUUCGCGUGCGAGAGCUGGAGGAGCGCGAGAAGAAGGAAAGCAAGAAACUGGCCGACGAAGACGCCCUCAGGAAGAUCCGAGUGGCCGAAGAGACCAUCGAGCAUCUUCAGAAGAAGCUUGGCGCCACUAAGCAGGAGGAAGAAGCGCUCCUAAGUGAGAUGGACGUCACAGGCCAGGCCUUCGAGGACAUGCAGGAGCAGAACAGCCGGCUGUUGCAGCAACUGCGCGAGAAGGAUGACGCCAACUUCAAGUUGAUGAGCGAACGGAUCAAAUCCAACCAGAUCUACAAGCUGCUCAAGGAGGAGAAAGAGGAACUGGCUGACCAGGUCCUCACCUUUAAGACGCAGGUGGAUGCUCAGCUUCUGGUGGUGCAGAAGCUAGAGGAAAAAGAAGGCGUUCUUCAGAGCACGCUGGCCGCCCUGGAGAAAGAGCUGUCGCUCAGGACGCAAGCACUGGAACUUAACAAACGGAAGGCGGUGGAGGCGGCGCAGCUGGCGGAGGACCAGAAGGUGCAGCUGGAGCACACGCAGGCCAAACUCAAAGAGAUCCAAGUAGCCGUCGCCGAGAACCGCACGGCCCGCGAGAGAGAGAGCAGCAACCUUAAGCGGGCGCAGGAGGAUUUAUCCAGGCUGAGGCGAAAGCUGGAGAAACAGAAGAAGGUGGAAGUGUACUCUGACGCCGACGAGAUCUUGCAAGAAGAAAUUAAUCAGUACAAGGCCAAGCUGCGUUGCCCGUGCUGCAACACGCGAGACAAAGACACGGUGCUGACCAAGUGUUUCCACGUCUUCUGCUACGAAUGUCUGAAGAUGCGCUACGACACGCGGCAGCGCAAGUGCCCCAAGUGCAACUGUGCCUUCGGCGCUAACGACUUUCACCGCAUCUACAUAACUUAAAAAAAAAAAAACACCAGAUGAGCGCGUUCCCGGAUUUCGUCACUUUUGAAACGCGCCGUCGACCAACGUGACCAAACAGAUAGUGACUGAGUGUUAUUUGUAGUUGAAUAAACGGUCGUUGUUAGCAUACUUGGCUAGCGUGGUGGUGUCCUUCCGAAUUAGCCGCACAUCUUGAAGCGUUUCCUUAGCUUCAGGAAAUGAAAACAGAUUAGCGAUGUUAGUUUCCCGCGAAUAGUGACACCGGAGGAGAGUGUGUUUGUAAUUUAUAGAGCACGACACCCGCGUCGGUUGACAUCACCCGAUCUAUAUGGAACGACUGCAGGAGGGAUAAUAAACACGCAGAGACGUAAGACAGUUUGGAACGCGGCCCGGGCAUACGACAGGGUUUGCAUCACCUUUUGUGAAAUUGCCAGCAUGUGUGUGUUUUCUUUGUUUAUGUAUGUUUCUAUGGGUGUGUUUUGCGAGCGUGCACGUUACAGUGGUGCUUCGGUGAAUGUGUUGGGAGUCUUUGUCGUGUGUUUGUUUUUGUUUGCGUGCAAUGUGUUUUGCCAUCUGUGUUUUUUGUUUUACCCUGUAUGUGUCUGGUUUUUGUCUGGUUGUUUGUGUGAAUGUUUUUAUGUGGUUCUCAUGAUUAUUUGUGGUUAGUUUUUAAUUAGAGUUCUUAUUCAUGUGUGGGUGUCUUGUCAGUUCGUUUGCUUUUUGUGUGUAUUGAGUUGUGUGUGAUUUUCAAGUUUGUUACUGUCAUCUGUGAGUGUUUUUGUGUAUACCUCAGGGCUGCAACUAAUUUUUUUUUUUGUCAUAAUCAAUUAUUCGGACAAUUCAAUGAUUAAUUGGACAAAUGCCGCUUUUUUAUCUCCGCAAUUUAAAGGUGCACAAUGUAGGAUUUGGACUUCAAUUAUUCAUGAAAUGGUCAUAAUCUUACUAUAGGCAUUAAAUGAGUCUCGAUUUCUGCUGCGACAUUCGGAUGGUAGGGUCAGAAUUUGGCGUCAACAACAUGAAAGCAUGGAUCCAUCCUGCCUUGUAUCAGCGGUUCAGGCUGGUGGUGGUGGUGUAAUGGUGUGGGGAGUAUUUUCUUGGCACUCUUUGGGCCCCUUGGUACCAAUUGAGCAUCAUUGGAACGCCACAGCCUACCUGAGUAUUGUUGCUGACCAUGUCCAUCCCUUUAUGACCACAAUGUACCCAACUUCUGAUGGCUACUUUCAGCAGGAUAAUGCGCCAUGUCAUAAAGCUGGAGUCAUCUCAGACUGGUUUCUUGAACCUGACAAUGAGUUCACUGUACUCAAAUGGCCUCCACAGUCACCAGAUCUCAAUCCAAUAGAGCAUCUUUGGAAUUUAGUGGAAUGGAAAAUUCGCAUCAUGGAUGUGCAGCCGACAAAUCUGCACCAACUGUGUGAUUCCAGCAUGUCAAUAUGGACCAAACUCUCUGAGGAAUGCUUCCAGCACCUAUACCACGAAGAAUUGAGGCAGUUCUGAAGGCAAAAGGGGGUCAAACCUGUUACUAGCAUGGUGUACCUAAUAAAGUGGCCGGCGAGUGUAUAUUGCCAAGGCUGCACACUUACUUUUUGCAUUGGUUGGAUUGGUGCACCUAACUUUACCAGCACAAAAUGUAGGUGCACUCUUAUUUUUCAUAGCAUCACCUUUAAUGCCAGACUUAAAUCACUCUCCUUACCAUUCAUACAAUUCAUAUGGGUGCGCCCACUCAAAUUCACUCACGCUUUGACGCUCAAACUGUUAAGAACCGCCUCUCGACAACGAAGAGUGACUAAACAAUGAUUAACACAUUUGUGCCUUUGAUCGUAGCGCUGCCGAGCCUUCACUCGCCAGAUCAAAGCUACAAACCCAUCAAUCAUCGUUAACUUUAACAAGCAAACUCCAGUGCACUGCUGACCAAGAAAAUCAGCCGAAGGAAGAGGCUGUGAUAGGCUGUACGGGCACAAAGCAGAAAAACAUAAAUAUUAGGGCUGUCUAACGAUUAAAAAUUUUAAUCGAGUUAAUUACAGCUUAAAAUUUAAUUAAUCGUAAUUAAUCGCAAUUAAUCGCAAUUCAAACCAUCUAUAAAAUAUGCCAUAUUUUUCUGUAAAUUAUUUUGGAAUGGAAAGACAAGACAAGAUGGAUAUAUACAUUCAACAUACGGUACAUAAGGACUGUAUUUGUUUUUUAUAACAAUAAAUCAACAAGAUGGCAUUAACAUUAUUAACAUUCUGUUAUAGAGAGAUCCAUGGAUAGAAAGAUUUGUUGUUCUUAAAAGAAAUAUUUUAGUACAGUUUAUAGAAUUUUUAUAUUAAAACCCCUCUUAAUGUUUUCGUUUUAAUGAAAUUUGAAAAAUUUUCAAUCAAAAAAUAAACUAGUAGCCCGCCAUUGUUGAUGUCAAUAAUUACUUACACAAUGCUCAUGGGUGGCUGAAGCCUAUAAAAUCAGUCGCACCCAAGCGCCAGCAGAGGGCGGCAAAACUCCAUAAAACACAAUUAACAAGUGGUGUUUCACUGUACUGUUAUUUAAAUCUGUCUGAGUGGGUAAUCUGCGUUAAUUGCGUCAAAUAUUUUAACGUGAUUAAAAAAUUAAUUAACGCCCGUUAACACGAUAAUUUUGACAGCCCUAAUAAAUAUAUAUUUUUUAAUUAAAAACCUGAUCCUUUUCACCCGAUUCUGACCCUCUGAAAAAUGGUCCAAUCGGCCCAUCUCCGAUUACGUGAUCGGCUCGGGUCAUUCCUAGUGCGUAGGUUUCAUAUUUGUUCCCGGCAUGUAUUUUGUCAGAUUUGUGUAUUUUGAAUGUAAAUCUGCGUUGCAUGUGUGUGGGUGUUGUUUUUAUGUUUGUCACAUGUAGGCAUGUGCCGGUAUUAGUUUCUGACGGUAUGAUAACCCUAAGUAAAAAUUUCACUGUAUCACAGUACUGCAAUUACAGCUCUAAAAUGUGUUAUUUUUAGAUGUCUGGGUGUUUAAAAAAAAAAAAAAAAAGUAUUUUCCAUUGAACAGGAUUUUUAUUUUUCAAAACAACAUUAGCAUAUUGAAACAUGAGUGUAUUGAAAUAUUCUAAAUAAAAUUAAAAUAAAUGCAGUCCUUUAGGAGAGCCUAAACCCUCAGCCAAAGCUCAGCAUUAUUAGCAUCAGAACAAAAUCAGUGAAUUAUUGUGCAAUUUCCGUAUUUAGCACCGCUAGACACACUAAACCGCUGGAGUUAACUCUCGUAGCUGGUAGGAAACAUUCAUAACAGCAUUUACUGACCUUUAAUUUUGUAUAAAGCGACAGGUGGGCAUGUAAAUGCAAAAUCAUAUUGGAGGUAUUGGCUCCUCUAGCAGCCACCCUCCGCAAACAUGUUUUACAUGUCUGUUGGUUCUCAGCCUCGGCCGUCUGUAACUUUUCUCUAGCCGAAGUAUUCCCAUACCAACGACUUUGUUUUCUUUGGUCGUGGAAAAAUGCAGGUGUUUCAUCUCCUCCAGCCAUCGUGUAGCACAGCUGACUCUGACUCACUGAGCAGCAACCGGAGGGAGAGAGGUAAGCCCUGCUGCUCCAAGCGAGGGAUUUCUACCUUUUGGACAUAAAAUUUGCUAAUACCGUAGGAGCGGUAGGACGGAAAAUUUUAGUGGUUUUGAAAGCGUGACACUUUCAUACUACGGUAUACCUUGAAACUGGUAACUGGCACGUCUAGUCAUAUGUGUGUGUUUUGUGUUGUUUGUGCGUAUUUUGUUUUAUUUUGUAUAGUACAUGGUCCAGGUUUGUAUGUGGAUUUUUGUUUUCUGACAUUUCAUGUGACAGGGUGUAAGUUUGUUUGCAUUUUGUGUGCAUCUUUUGUUUAGUUUUAAGUGUGCAUCUGUAUUUUGUGUUGUUUUUCAUUUCAUGUUCCAGUGCAUCUUGGACAUUCGUUUGCAUUUUGUGUCCAUGUUUAGUCUUCAGUGUGUAUUUGUGUUUUCUGUUAUGGCUGCAAAUUUUGUUUUAUUUAGUGUUUAAUUAAAAAAAAAAAAAAAAAAAUUAUAUAUGGCGGAAAACACAGACAAGACUGAAAAAGCAGUUUCUGCUCUUGCACUCCUCUUUAAAAGAAACUGCUGUAUUUUAAGUUAAAACAACUGUCGUGUUUGGUAGAGCAAUAUGUCUAUAUGCUGCCAUAGCAGAUUCAUGGCACAUGAAGCCCCCGAACUAGCUUUAAUUUGUCCGUUUUACCCUGAAAACCCCCGUUUACAGACGUCGCGCAACCGCUUGUUUCAACCAACCCAUAAAACGAUAUUAGGGUUGUUUCGGUCAUGUUUUUUUGCUCCCGAUCCGAUCCCGAUCGUUUUAGUUUCAGUAUCUGCCAAUCCCGAUAUUUCCUGAUCCGAUUGCUUUUUUUUUUCCUCCCGAUUUAAUUCCAAUCAUUCCCGAUAAUUUUUCCUGAUCAUAUACAUUUUGGCAAUGCAUUAAGAAAAAAAUGAAUAAAACUCGGACGAAUAUAUACAUUCAACAUACAGUACAUAAGUACUGUAUUUGUUUAUUAUGACAAUAAAACCUAAAGAUGGCAUUUACAUUAUUAACAUUGUUUCUGUGAGAUCCGCGGAUAGAAAGACUUGUAAUUCUUAAAGGAUAAAUGUGACUUUGUAUAUUGUGACUAAAUAUUGCCAUCUAGUGUAUUUGUUGAGCUUUCAGUAAAUGAUACUGUAGCCAUUUAACUGUUCUGCCCAAAUGCAUGAUGGGAAGUGCAACCAUGACUGUGCGUAGUGGUACCAAUUGAUAUAUCUUCUCUGCAUUGGGAAAUAACAUAGGGUGUUAAGAAAAAGAUUAAUUACUAUCUUUCUUCCCCACAUUGCUUCCCACGAUAUUUCUAAUCGUAGCGAGAAGGAUUGUAAGGCUUUAGCCAAUUAAAAAAAGGCUCCAAAGCCUGCCAAAAUUGACUGUACUCAUUUUACGCUGCCUUUUAGCUCUAUAUAUAGGUAAAACGGCGCCAUGACAGAUUGAACGCGACAAUGCGUGAAUGGGUCGUGCAGCGCAUGCGUUAAUUGUGUCAAAUAUUUUAACGUGAUAAAAAAAAUUACCGCUGUUAACGGGAUAAAUUUGAUAACCCUACCUUAAGCCUAAACUAAAGACUCUGGAUGAGUGUAACAUAUUAUGUCUGUAACAAUAAAUACAAUAAGAAAACGAUUUAAUUAAAAAAUAUAUAUAUAUUAAAAAAAGGCAUGUCCGAUAUUUUUUUACCGAUUCCGAUACUUUGAAAAUGACGUGAUCGGGACAUCUCUAAUAUUUAUUAUUCAAAAUGUCUGUCGUUUUUAGCUUCGAAUCAUUCAUUGAUGUCUCCUAUUUCGUUUAAAAAAAAAAACUUUAAAAAAUUAUUCACUCACAUAUUUUAAGCUUUUAAACACAUUAUGUCACAAUGAAAAAAAUGGCGUCUGUAAAAAAGUCACGGAUAUGUACUUCAUAACUAUUGCUUAAUUGAUUUUUUUUUGUUACUGUCGCAUUUUCUCCGAUAUUUUCGAUGAUAAAUAAUUGAUCCAGACAAAAAAAAGUUGAAAAAAAAAACGCUUAAAAGGGUAAAUAUAUGAAAAAGAAAAUCUCGAUCACUCCUUGAUGUCUGCGAUUUCUGCAUCGCGACCCUUGUUAUAUUACCAUGUUUCACCCAUAAAAUCCCCCAAAAAUCCAGCUGUGGCCAUUCACAGCUGUGUCUUGACACUCGGUGAUACAUGCUACAUGGAGUUUUUGGAUCGAAACAAAGUAUGCGAUAAUAUCUCGUUAAAGUCAUGGCGUCUGUAAUUCUGUUCUCGCGUGCUCUCACCUCCAGAUAGGGUUUUGCUGUUUAAAAAACAUAAAAAAAAAAAAAAUGCCUUCCUGCUCAAAAUUUUUCUUCCCCCAGAAAAUUGAGAUUUCAAGUUUUCCAAUGAUGUAUCGCAGAUGCAUAUCCGACAAUUUUGAAAGUUGGCUAAAUUGGGGGUCUCGGAGCGGAACUUCAAGUCACCUGAGUGUUUUCCGCCAUAUAUAUGCUGCCAUCAUGACCCGACCUUGGAUAAGCGGGAGAAAAUGGAUGGAUGGCAUACGUUUUUUUUUUUUGGUCUACUUUUCAUGUUUGUGAUUGCAUAUUUUUUUAUUUCGUGUGUUUCUUGCAGGUGUGUUUGCGUUUUGUGGUUAUUCUUUGUAUUUUUUUGUUGGCCUGUUUUUGUUUCUGUGUGUAUUUUACAUGGAUGUUUUGUGGUGCAUCUGGGUUACUUGUGUGUGGUUGUUUUGAAUGUGCAUCUAUACUUUUGUUUCUGUGUGUGUUGUUCGUGUAUAUUGUAUGGACAUCUGUUUUGCGGGUGUGGUGUCACGUUUGUUUCUGUUGGUGUUUUUCAUUUCAUGUACGAAUGUGUAAUAGUGUCUGCAUUUAGUGCGUUUUGUUUUGUGUUCCAUGCUUUUGUUCCUGUGUGUGUGUGUGUGUGUUCAGACCGUUGCCAUGGCGCCGCCAUGCAAGUUUGACACAACAUCUGUAGCUUAUAGUGGCUCAUUACUGUAUGAAAUCACAGCAGUGGAAAGUCAGCACAUAUGGGCGGCCCUCGCACCGCUCCGGGUCGUCCUAAAGGUCGAGUAGAAAAACAUCUGCGCGAGGACAUUCUUCAGCCGUCAUUAAUGCGAUGAGACUUCUUUUUCCUGCCUCGAUCGACGAUGUGAACGCUUGGCUCGCGUCUGUUUGACGUUAGAACUUGUGGGAAAGGCGCUUCGCACCAUGUUGCGCGGGAACGCUUCCAGACUUUGCUGAGAGGGAAGGGAAAAAAAGAGUUAAUUCAGCAUUUGGGAACACUUAGAUCAACGUUCCAGGAGACUUUGUUAGAAUGUCGGCUUGUAAAAAAAAAAAAAAAAAUCAACACAAAAAAAAAAACCUGCGCCUUUACAGGGGCGAUAGACUUCCAAUCUAUUUAAACUGUUAAGGGGAAGAUUGGAAAUGUAUUGCCGUCAAUGGCGCUGAAACAUGGUCAUUCCUGAACUAGCGUCUAGCAACUAGCAAAAUUAACAAAAACUUACUGCUUUUAUGCCUAUUUUUAUCCAAUAAUGUAGCCGGGGAAAAUUAUCACAUUUGAAAUGACGUUUUACGUAAAUUAAGAAAAAAGUCUUGCUGAGUUAGCAAAAGCAAUUAAGAGUUGAAACACUUCCUGCAUUUAUUCUUCUGAAUCAAUCUUCGUUCAAUAACAUGGUCGUUGCCAUGAAUUAUUGCAUUUCAGGGUAACGUCUAUUCAAGUAAAAGAAAAAUAUACAGUAUUCAUAUAAAGGCUUCCGUGUGCUAGGAAAAGCUAGCAUAAGUUCAAAACACUUGAAAACUUGCAACCUUCCAAAUCUUUAACCAAUAACAUUGCUGUUGCUGGGCAGAAAUCUCAAAAUAAUUAUCUUACUAAGGAAAACAAAAUGACAUCUUUGUUGAGUCACAAAAACUAGCAUGAGCUAAAGCACUUCCUGUUUUUAUUCACUCAAAUUUAGUCUCCAACUAAAUUGUGCUUCCCUCUAGUGGUCAACAUUGGUACAAUCUCCAAAACAAACAGCAAAAUGAUACUACUCAUCCUAAUGGUAUUCGGUGUGAAUGACAACACAUGAUGUGACAACAUUCAAGAUGAAAUCUGAUUGGAUCUAAAAACAAAAACAAGUUUAUCUUAAUUUUACACAACAAAAAUGAGAAUGGAGUUUAAUUUUAGCAUGGACCACUUACAUUUUAUGAAUUCACACCUCCAGAUGUUUGGAGUGCAAAGCGUGUGCUGUGACAAGAACAGCCAUGAGUUCACACUGCUGUUAUUGCAGGAGGCCCCACCCGACCCCCGGACACUAAUAUGCAACACCCCCAUUUUGCGUCAGGGACACGCACAUAUUCCAAAGUCACAAGUUCACUCACCAUUGGCUAAUUAGUGUAAUAAAUAUUUGACGCUAAUAGAUGCUAACAGCUUUUUAGCGUUACUUCUAGUCAUGUAUUACUACCAAACGCGUUAAACACAACUUAAACUUGUUCGCGGUGAUAGACCUGCAAUCAAUUUGAAAUUUCCGUGUAUUUUGCUAGUUAAAAAAAAAAAACAACAACAAAAAUCACUCAUCGAUGGCGAUAGAUGUCCAAACUAUUUGGAUUUAGGAGGAAUGGCAGUCAAGAGAUCUGGCUGGCAGUGAUUGAAUUGACGCAAGAUUUUUCAAAGACGACAAUAGACGUCCAACGUGACUAAAAUGUAACGAGAUGGAUCCCAGUUUUCGUCUGAUGAUAUUAGAAUGAGAUGAUAAUUUGCCAUAGUUGCCGUCAUAAAUUCACAAUAUGGGAUAUUUUCUUAUUAUAUGUGUAGUUAGCACACAUUUAGCUGUGUUUGGUCUUGGCACUCAUGUGACGUGUUGCGCCUCCCCCCAGCCCCCGCACACACAUGCUAACUUAAAGGCUGUGCCAUUCCAAGCUCCUUUUGUGAAACAUGUUUGUCAGGUACUGCUUGCUAAGUUUUGCUUUCUUGUCUUGGCUAGAUACGCCAUGUUGCUUUAGCCUUUAAAGCUGUAAUGUGAAGUAAUUUCAUAACAUGCCAAAUAGGGUCACAAUUAAACAUUCCACUUUAUUGUGGCAACAAUAAGAAAACAAAAUAAUAGCGGACUGCCGCCACAUUCGACCGCGAAGUUUUGCUUCUCGCUCAUCUCUGCCUCGCCUCGUACUACCAGCUAACUACACUUCCUGGGGCUAUCGGCAGGAAGUGGCGUCUAAUGGCGUGAGGAAAUGUAGUUUUUUCACACAAGCGAACAGAUUACAAAGCACCACUUCAGUGUUGUCCCGAGACUACAUUUCCCAUGAUUCACUGCGGGACUUGAGCUGUCAACGCUCACAUUUGACAGCAUUCUGCUGCGGUCCUCCUCGCCAGCUGUUUGCUCGCCAUUCACGCUCGUUUGCAUUUGAUAGCUAGUCUGAUACACUCCUGCUUUUUCGGUGAGGUCUUUUGUGUUUAUUCGUUAUUGGAUCGUUUUUGUUCACCACUGUAAAUAAGAGCCCUGAUGCAAGAAGGGGUAAGUCGCCAUUAUUGUUCAACCCGUUUUCUCCUGUUUUUUUUUUAGCGUAAGAAGCUAGGUUAGUGGCUGUCUUUUCUUAGUUCUUUUUCAUGAUCAGGGUUUAGUUGGCGGUUGGGGUUCAAGUGUAGAUUCCUUUUGUUUGUUGUUUUGGCCUGGGCUUACCCUGAAGCCGCGCUUCAUUUACAUUUUGUACAUAUUCAUUGCGAGUUUGAUGGUUGUGUAAAUUUUGUGCCACUUGUGAAAUUGUGUGGCUCGUUUUAUGUUACGCCCUUCGCGAGCCGUCCUUGGGACGUAACACUAGCGAACACAACAACAACUGUGCCACGACUAUUGCCACAAGUUGGCUUUCGGCUAACGUCGCUAGCUUCUACUGUACAUUCCACAACAGUUGGCAGCUCUGCUUUGACAAAGUCAUCAGUCAUCUAUCCAAAAAUCACACUUUUUGGCAAAUCCUUGAUCAUAAGCAGACCGGUUAAGGAAGCAGGCAUCUUCGAAGAGUUUGCAGCAGAGAACACUACUCGAUGAUGGCGUGAAAUUCAUUUGCUUCGUGCGAACGAAAGAUGUCCAUUUACGUUCCCUGCUAUCCUUUGGCCACUCAUACAACUUUUCGUUUGAAUGAGAACAAAGCAUCGCCACACACCGCCGUGGCAUCUUACCGAGAAGCAAUGCAACAAACAAUACUGUUCCAUGGCGGACUUCCCUCGCACUUCCCGGUGUGACGUAAUUUCCGAAGAUUGCCGAAGAAAAGCAUUUUCGUUGUCAAGGGCGUUGCUAUGGGUUAAACAAAGAAUCCGGAAGGGUUGCGUUAAAAAAAUAACGAAAAUAUGCUUAUAAAUGUUUAACCAUUGAUAUUAUUCAAAAACAUGGUUGGCAAACCUUACUUCACAUUACUGCUUUAAAGGUCUAUGCUGAGUGAUCAUCACACACUAAACUAACCUGUAGCGUUAGCAUAGCGUUCGCGUUAGCAUUAAUAUUAAGCGAGGUGACUUGGUGUCUUCUUAACUCUUGGAAAACAUUUUACAUACAGUUUGUGGCGUCCAGGUGAGUUUAGUUAAUUGCAAAUAAUGUGCUGUUUUCCUGCUGAGUGUGUAUUAUAAUCAUACAAAAUGGUGAUGUCCUUGUAGAGUUAUGUGCUCGUCUGUCAUGUUCAUUCGAAAUUGUCGGAAACCUUUUAUCUAUUUUUUCAUGGACUAAAACUUGUUUAUAGACGAAAACAUUGUGAGAAUUGUCGGCUAAAACUAAGCGAAAUUUGAGUUUUCGUUGGCUAAAACUAGACAAAGACAAAACACAUUUUGAAAUGACUAAAAUAUGACUAAGGCUAAUAAAUAUUUUUGUCCAAAAGACUAAGACAAAAAUUAAAAUGGCUGCCAAAAACCACACUGAUGAUAUAUAAUGUAUUUUUAUAUGUAUAUUUCACGUUAUUUAGGGUUUAUAUUACAGCAAUCGGGGUAUUUUCACGAUAUUUUUGUUGUAUUACAAAUUUAAAAAAAAAUAUUUUCAAGUAUAUAUUUUUUAAAAAUGUAAAAUUACGAAAAACAUUGACAGGUCUUUUUUUUGUUUAAAUUAAAAAUGUAAGCAAAAAAAAAAAAACAUUUAAAAAUUAAAUUAAUCUCCGAAUAUUUACUGUUAAGUCUUUGGCUGCCAUUGCCGGCCAAUAUAUUUGGAGCAGAAAUCAGGGUAUAUUUACGAUAAUUACUUUUAUUACAAAUGAAGUUUUUUAAGUGUAUUUUUAUUUAUAUAUAUAUUUUUUUAAAUGUAAAAUUAUGAAAAACAUUUACAGGUCUUUUCAGUUUAAAUUAAAAACGUAAGCAAAAAAACAAACACUUAUGAACUUACAAAAAUUAAUCUCCGAAUGUUAACUGUUAAGUCAUUGGCUGCCAUUGACGGCGAUAGAUGUCCAAUCCAUACGGACUCAUAAAAUUCACGUUAAUUAAUAAAUAUUAGGUCCUCAACGAACCUAAUAGUAGCAUGAGAUGCACGUUCAUGUCUCAAACGAUAACUCCAAUAGCUUUGUUUUAACACAAUUGACCACAGUUUAGGGCUGCAGCUAUCGAUUAUUUUAGUAGUCGAUUAAUCGAUGAACUAGUUAGUUCGAAUAAUCGAGUAAUCGGAUAAGGAACAUAAAAAACUAAAAUAUCUGAGCUGAGCCUCAAACGGUAUAAAAAAAUUAGGAUCUAUGUACAACAACAACAAAAAAAACAAUUGGCUAACUUACAUAGCAAAAGUAUGCUAGCUUAAAUGCUAUAAAAUGCUUUAAAAAAUUGUUCUACAAUGCUCUUAAUAAAUGGUUCAGACACAUAUUCCCACAAAAAAACAGCUAAAUAUAUUUUACGAAUGCUUUAAAAAAAUAUUAGCUCAAACAAAAAUUUAGCUAACACUCAUCUUAACAGGGAGCAGCUGGAUUCAGCCACGUGAAAUAAGACUAGAGGGUAGUGUAUCCACCCAAAUCAAUAAAACUAAAUGCAAACACUUUCAAUACAAACCAUUACAACUCCACUUUAAUUAAACGAAUACUCGAAGCAGCAAAAUUUAAUAUCUUUUUUUUCUAAUCGAAUACUCAAGUUAAUCGAAUAAUCGUUGCAGCACUACGACAGUUUAAAAAAAGUUGCCAGCAUUUGACGCUCUCUAUCGCAAUCAUUUAAAGCUUUUAAAACCAGUUAUAUAAAUACAGUAAGUCUUUAGCUGCCAUUGAUGGCGAAUCGCGAUAGACAUCCAAUCUAUUUGGAGUUCUAUAUAAUUCACGUUAUUUACGGUUUAUAUAUACAGAAAUCGGGGCAUAAGUAUAUAUUUUUUUAAAAUGUAAAAUUACGAAAAACAUUGUCUUUUUAGUUUAAAUUAAAAACGUAAGCAAAAAUCAAACAUUUAUAAACUUACGAAAAUUGAUCUCCGAAUGUUAACCGUUAAGUCAUUGGCUGCCGUUGACGGCGAUAGAUGUCCAGUCCAUACGGACUCUUAAAAUUCACGUUGCCUGUAUUAUUUUGUAAUAUAUAUAUAUAUAUAUAUAUAAUUUUUUUUAUAAUUCCUGUUAUUUUUAUUAUUUUUUCCACCAUUAAAUUUAAACAUUCACAUUUUUAGUUUUUUUUUUUUUUUUUUGAAAUUUUUUAUUAAAUGUUAGAUAUUUACUUGCCUGGUAUACCAGACUCACCGCUGUUCCAGCGAUUUCUCACAGUGUUUGAAAAAUACAGUGAGAAUAGUCUGGCUGUGCCAGGCAAGAUAUUUACAGUUUUAUAUAUAUAUUUAAAUUAGGGGUGUCAAACGAUUAAAAUUUUUAAUCGAGUUAAUUACAGCUUAAAAAUUAAUGAAUCGUAAUUAAUCGCAAUUCAAACCAUCUAUAAAAUAUGCCAUAUUUUUCUGUAAAUUAUUGUUGGAAAGGAAAGAUAAGACACAAGAUGGAUAUAUACAUUCAACAUACGGUACAUAAGUACUGUAUUUUUUCAUUAUAACAAUUAAUCAACAAGAUGGCACUACCAUUAUUAACAUUCUGUUAAAGCGAUCCAUGGAUAGAAAGACUUGUAGUUCUUAAAAGACAAGUUAUUGAAAUUUUAU